AUGAAGGUCGACCUAGGAAAACAGCUGGUAUUCCCAGACAUAGUCCAUACCACACAGAGACCAGACAUAGUUAUAUGGUCUCCCAAGGACAAGAAACUGGUGAUGAUAGAACUCACUGUACCCUGGGAGACUAGGUGUGAUGAGGCCUACGAGCGGAAAAUGGGAAAGUACACUGAGCUACAAGAACAGUGUAAAAGUCGUGGUUGGAGUGCCUGGCUGUUCCCCGUUGAAAUAGGGUGCAGAGGAUUUCCAGCCCAAUCAGUAUGGAGAAUGCAUAGCAACAUUGGGAUCGAGGGAGGUGACAGGAAGAGGGCUAACAGUGACACUGGAGAGACAGAUGACACCAGGAACAGACUGGACCCGGGGCAUGACGGGGUAGCAUCCCAGAUUGCAGUCUUCGUGAGAAGACACCCACCAUCAAGCUACAGACUCCGAUACAGAAGAAUACCCCCAGAGUCUCCCGAGAGGGGAUGGGAGGCUGAGAGAGUCAAUCAGACGGAUUCAACGACAACGACACGGCUAGUCCAAUCGACAUUGACCGGAACAAAGGCAGAGGUGAAGUGUAGAUGUGGAAAGGUGUGCAAGAACCUUAGAGGCUUGCGUAUUCAUCAAGGGAGAACGGCAUGCGGGAGCACGGCAAGGCAGCGGCAACGCUCAGAUUUUACAUCUGGUGAGACGUUGGAGGAUCCUAGUCAGGACUCAACCCACAGUACUGGGGACCUCUACGCAGCUGAGAAGCCACGCACCAAUUCAGCAGAUCCUGAUAUUGUCUCGCAAGUCAGCGACAUCUUCGAAGAAGAUGACCCUCUUCUAGAGCUUUUAGGUACUCCAGAAGACCUGAGGCCAAACACAGACUCACAGCACAACAGCCGAAAUACAGCUUCCAAUACUAAUGCCACAGCUCAGAAGGUUAGAAUUACAUGGCCCAAGACAAGUGACAGGAACCUGUGGAAACAGUUUGAUGAAGACCUCAACACCAUCCUGGAAACAACACUCCAAGGGCCAGUAGAGAAGAAACUGAAGUCUCUGACCAACCUUGUCCACUCUAUCGGCAAAGAACGAUUUGGUGAGGUGAAAUGGAAACCCACCAGAACCCCUGCACAGCCAAAUAGAAGACAACGACAGAUCACAGAGAUUAGGAAAGAGCUGAAGUCACUGCGGAAAUCCUACCAAAAAGCAAAUAUAGAGGAAAGACCCGGACUUCAGCAGCUUAGAGAUGAACUCAGACAGAAACUGACCGAUCUUCGUAAGGCAGAACAACUCCGAGACAAGCGGAAGAAGCGAGCCAAGAGGCGAGCUGAGUUCAUAGCCAAUCCAUACAAGUUUUCCAAAGGACUCCUAGACAAAGAAAAAUCUGGGAAGCUUGAAAGCAGUAUGGAGGAGAUACAACAGCAUCUAAAGGACACACACUCCGAUCCAGCAAGAGAUAAUCCAUUAGGAAGCUGUCCAAGAAUUGAACCAGUCCCAGAACCCACAAUUCCACUAAACAUAAAAGAACCCACAAUGAAGGAAGUAUCUGAUGUAGUGAAGAAAGCAAGAAGCGGCUCCGCACCAGGACCAAACGGUAUACCCUAUAAAGUAUACAAGAUGUGCCCGAUGCUACUACGAAGACUAUGGACCCUACUUAAGGUGAUAUGGAGGAAAGGAAAAGUCCCAGAUUGCUGGCAACAGGCAGAGGGAAUAUUUACUCCAAAGGAAAAGGGCUCCAAACAUGUGACCGAAUUCCGAACCAUUUCACUGUUGAAUGUGGAGGGGAAAAUAUUCUUCGCUGUCCUGGCAAGACGAAUGACCACGUUCCUGACAACCAAUCAGUACAUUGACACAUCGGUACAGAAAGGGGGGGGGGUUCCGGGCUUCUCUGGCUGCAUUGAACACUCCAGUGCCAUCAGUCAGAUCAUCCGUGAAGCAAAGGUGAACGCCAAUGACCUCACAGUCGUCUGGUUAGACCUCGCCAACGCCUAUGGCUCCAUACCACACAAGCUUAUUGAAGAAGCAAUGAAGCAUUAUCAUAUCCCAGAGCAUAUACAGGGGAUCAUAAAUGGCUACUUUGAUGGCAUACAGCUUCGAUUCUCAAUCGGUGACCAGACAACGCCAUGGCAGAGGUUAGAGAAGGGGAUAGUAACUGGCUGCACCAUCUCAGUGGUACUAUUCGUGAUGGGCAUGAACUUGAUCAUCAAUGCCGCGAAGAGGGAAACCAGAGGACCAAAAACAGCGUCAGGUAUACACCCCCCAUCCAGCAGGGGGUUCAUGGAUGACCUGACCAUCACUACCACCACACAUGUACAGGCCCGCUGGGUACUAACAGCCCUACAGGACACGGUCACAUGGGCACGAAUGAAAUUCAAACCCAAGAAGUCAAGGAGCCUGAUCAUCAAGAAGGGAAAGGUCACCAAAAGAUUCACUCUACAGGUGCAAGGGGAAGACAUUCCAUCCAUUAUUGACAGUCCAGUCAAGUGCAUCGGCAAGUGGUACGACGCCAGCCUGAAGGACACUAACAACAUCACUAGAGUCAAAAACCAGCUCCAAGAUGACCUGAAGCUUAUAGACCAGACAGGACUCCCGGGCAAGUUUAAGGCAUGGCUCUACCAACAUGGGUUACUACCUAGGCUUAUGUGGCCCCUUAUGCUGUACGAGAUAGCUACGACCACUGUAGAAGGAUUCGAGAGAGUGAUCAACCGGCAUCUCCGGAGAUGGCUUGGUGUCCCUCCUAGUUUCACCAGCAUUGGACUGUAUGGCAGAACCAACCAACUUCAACUCCCAAUGACCUCACUAGUUGAAGAGUUCAAGGUUGCCAAAGGAAGACUGGUGGUAACCCUCAAAGAGUCAUAA